CGGCCUUCAGGGUAUUUGAAGGAAACAUUAUUUGACAAAUAUUUGAAGAAUCUCUUUUUAUAUAGAAAUAUCACAGAAAUCACCCCACGAAUUUGUAACCAAUGUUUAGGAAACACACUGUAUAUUUAAUGUAAGUGCGAAGAUAUGUUAAACUUAUCCAUGAAUGCUUUAUUUUCUAGAACCAAGCGUCAGAAUGUCAGAACUUCCAGAUAAGACUCUCUUCUCUUCCAACGAGUCAAUAGAGUCAAAAACCAAGCCUUGUGAUGUCUCAGAAUCAUCUAUUGACACUCCAGUAGGAUCCAAAAACAAUGAUAUAGAAAUAAAAAUUAAGCUGGAUUUUACUAAUUCCAAAAAGAAAGGAAACGUGAUACCCAACGAAGGAACUAAUGUGAUAAAGUCUACAUCUCAAAGAGAAGAAAAACCAUAUUUCGAUGAUACCUUAAAUUCUGUGAUUGGAAUUUCAGCGAAUGAAAAUAUCAGUUUCAAAAAUGAGAAUAACGAAGCUUCAAGCAGAAAUAAUUCACCAAACAAACUAUUAGAAAAUGUUGGACAAAUAUCCACCAUGAAUAGUGACUCAUUGAACAUCAGCAAGUUCAAACCAAUAAUACAGCAAAAUAUUGAAGAAGUAGACGAAACGAAUUAUUCAUACAAAACUUGUGAAAAUGGGCAAGUUCGAAGCAAUGAGACAACAAUAUUGACACCUGGAAAUACCACAAAUAUUUUCCACAGUACAAUGCUAUCUAGCUUUCAAUAUCUGAAUCAACAGGAAAAAUUGAAGAGUUCUAUGGGAGAUUACGAUGAAAAAAUUUCUGCACUAAUUCACUUACUGAUAAUGGAAAAAUAUAACAGUAUCUUGAAAGAUUUCAGGGAAAGAAGCAUGAAGAGACAAAAAUACUGCACUUCCGAAAAGUCUGAAGAUGAGAAGUUUCAACAAUUUUUGAAUACGCAGUGGGAAAAUAAAGAAACUGAAAAUACACAAUCUGAAAAUGAUGACCUUGGCUUCAACAGUUCUGGACAGAAUUCACCAGAACCGAAUUUGAUAAACUGUUUCGCACCAAAGAAUGAUAUAGGAAAUAUUUCACGGGAUAAUCAUGAAGGGGAAAGUUCCGGACAAAAUUCUCCAGAACUAAAUUUCAAUUCAUCAGAAAUGAGACCUGAAAAUGGUAGAAGUUUGGAUAGUGGAUUGAAUGACACGAAAGAUUCUCUAGAAUCACUCUGUACUUACCCCAAAGCCGAAAAUAAACAAGAUUCAACGGUCGACUACAAUGAAGAUCAGUUUUUAUCAAUGGCUUUGGGAAAAGAAAUUGGAUGUAGUUCUCCGGAAUCACAGAACGAAUUUUCGAAUUACUACAGUACCCCAGCAGAAUUUAGAACAUAUGGAACAGAAAAGAGCAUAGGCAGCAGCAAUAUUUCCACCCUGGUAUCGAGCAAUGAACACAGAAAAUCUGAUGACAUCUACAGUUAUUACAGUGCAGUGAUAAAACGAGAAAAACGAAGUCCUCGACCUAAGAACAUUUCAAUAUCGAAGCCUAUUUUCAAUUCCGUUUCGACUAACGAUUACGAAAGCUUGGAUAAUUGGAAGAUGAGCUCAAAGGAGGAAAUGUUGAUGCAAGAAAAUGGUAUACAACAAGAAAUCAUCCAUCAGGUUUCUAAAGCUCUGACCGUUUGUAGAACAACCCCGGAAAUAUUCGACAGAGAAACUCUCAUUGAGGCUGAAAAAAUACUUCUUGUUGCAAGUUAUAAAAAAGAUAUAAUCACGGAGCAACUGAACAAGACACUAAUUGGAGACAAAAGCAAAGAUUGUGCCACUGCCACAAUAAGAAUGAGCAACAUGAAAUUUUCUUAUGGCAACCGUAUUCAUCAUAAUAACAGACACAAGCAUUAUUUCCUGUGUAUUCUACAUUGUGGAUCGAAAAUUGUCAACAGUAAAAUGGUGAUGAUGAGAGGAAAGGAGAUUGUAUUCGAGGAAUGUUUUCAGUUCGAUAACAUUUCGCCAGAAUUUGAAAUCACUGUCAACAUUUUCGCUCUCACUGUGAAGAAAAUGUCUAAAAAGGCAAAAGAAAAUAAAAGCUGCUUUGGAAGAAAAAAUAAACCAUCAACGUUUGAAUCAAUGCAGUCUUCAUUUGUUUUAUGGGGCAAAAGUACGCUAAAACCAACAGAUGUCUCACGAGAAACACCAACCUCACUGAAACUUUCAAAUAUGCCAGUGGGAGCGGAAAUAUCCAGUUGUUUUGCAGCUGAUAUACAACUAUCACUGAAAGUCCUCGUUUCCGAAAAAGGGUUCCUCACUAUUGGAACUGACUACAAAGGUUGCCCAGUCUGGAACAGAAAAUGGUGUGUUCUAGAUGGUUCUCGUAUCAAAUACUGGAACUACCCAAGCCAAGAGAAUGUUAUGGAACCACAGGGACAACUGGACUUACUACAGUGCACCACGAAUCAACUGAAACAUGUGGAUAGGGAAGUAUGUCCAAGGCCGAAAACAUUAGCAUUAAAAAUAGAAGAGGAUGGUUCCACUGUUAAAGAAUUAUUCUUAUCGGCUGACAGUCAGACAGAACUGGAACAGUGGCAGAAGCAACUGAACUUAGUUUUAGAAUACCUUAGGAAAUGGAAAAAUAUUAAUUGUUACUUAGAAAACUGAGUGUAAAAUGUAUAUAGGUAAUGGAUUUAUAGAAUAAUGUAUAUAGGUAGUGAUAUUGUAUUUUUAUAAAUAAUUUUACUUUGAUACAGGCGAUUUAUUUCAUACCUACACAUAACAUCACCUAUUUUUGAUGUUACAAAACUCCUGCUGAAUAUUUAGGAUUUUAACAGAAUUUUUUUAUAUAUACAAAAAUAUACAUAUAAUUAUACAUACCUAAUGAUGAUGGGUAAUUUGUUGAAUUGGCUCGGCCGUUACUUGAUGAAAAUCCAUAGCAUAUGCAAAAACUUUACAAACGAUGAGAUUUCCCCAAAAUUCAUGUUUUGCAUUCAUGAACAAGAUGAAUUUUUUGAAAAAGAAAACAAAUUCAAUCAACGUACGCCAACCAUAUACCGGCUGACAGAGGAGACAUGUAGCAGCCUGUAGUUUUUUUUAUUUGAAAAGAUAAAAAUUUUGAAAUUCACAGGGGUAUAUAAUAAAUGAUAAAUGGUAGCGCACUUUACGAACUUAACGACAAUAUUUUCAACCACCUGUUCGACCGGAAGUGACCCCAACUUUUUUUUUUAAUGUCACCCUCUACAUUCCUUCAGUCUAUCUUUUUCGCCUUGAAAUUCUCUAUCCAACCAUGUAUCACAAAGUGGCAUUUAUUCCUUAAUUCGCUGUUGAAUUGCUGUUUAUUCAAAAAGAAUAAGUUGGCUGUGACAUGAAUUCGAUGAUAUAUCGACACCUGGCUUUGAAAUUUAAAGAUCAUUAGUAAACCGAUAUUAUUCAAAAUCUUUUGAUAUUCUGAUCAAUGUCUGCAGGUUGUUAAUAGCUUGCUUGAGUCAAGAUGAAAACCUUCGAAAAUAACUCAUGAUAUUGAGGAAUCUCCCAGGUAGCCGUGCGGACAGAGUGUCUAUAUUCUAAUUCGCAUUCGCUUGACGGUCGUGGGUUCGAUCCCCGUCGACUGCAGAAGUUUUUCUGAUGGCCCAAGAAAGUGUUUGGGAUCACACGUUAAAAGGUAAGGCCCCCGUCAUUCCUUGCUCGCACAAGACUUUCGAAGACUUUUGAGGGUUGCUCGUAAGGGGGCAACCGAAUGACGGAUAGAAGAAAUUUUAGAACAAAAUCUAGGAUAGGAACAUAUUUUUUCGAAUUCAGCUACUCCUACAGAAACUAUCUGUCUUUUAUUUUCGCCAUGUACCUAUCACAUGAUCUUCCCAUUUGGAAUAAUAAAACUAAAAUUGUUCCUCUUAUACGAUGAUAAACAGGGCUAUCAGCCUACCGAUUGCAUCAAUAAUUUGUCUUCUUCGUUUGUGAAGUUUGUGCAAAUGAUGGGUAAACUUGGGAGGGGUAUUAUUUUUAUCAUUCAAUGGUCACAUAUAAUGUCAAUCUCAUAAGUAUAUGAAGAUAAUUUUAAGAAAAUAAGUCUAUAUUAUAAACUUUUCUCCGGAAAUGCUUCAUUUCAAAGAUACAGGGUGUUGAAAUACAGAGAACAAAUCAUUUAUCCAUAAGCAUUUCCUAGGAAAAAAGUAGUUUAUUUUGACGAGACCUACCACAUACUAAGUAACAUGGAUCAAUAAAGAAAAUUGUAAAUAUCCCCAAAAACUCAACUCCAGCAUUGUUACUUGGAAAAGAUGUGGGAAUAAGGUUUUUCCAUGACAAGUACCAAAAGUAUACUGUCAAAAAUGUUAGGGUAAUUUGAAAUAAAGAAUGACAGCGCAUGCAGCGCCCUCUAGAUGUUAUGAUAUGAUUUCUUAUGUCAAAAAAACCCGGGUGCUAAACUUCCUGCACAUCACUUAUAUUUUGCAAGUUAUUUUCAAAACAAUAAGAAGCAUUUCUGGACCUGAAUAUUUAAACUGAAUAUUCAAACAUACUUAUAUGUUGCACCCUUUAUAGGAGGGAAUGGAAAUACUUCUGAAAAAAUAGGUACUCAGGGUACUCUGAAAAUAGAACAUGGCUCACUUCAGUGAAUUGUCCCAAGAUCCCAGGACAUUCUUUUUCAAAUAAUUCAAGAUAGGUACCUAUUGAAAAAAAACAAGUGACCUUACAAGCAGAAUGAUUGGAGAAAUGGAAAGCUGAUAAAUACAUUUCAAUGGGAAAUUGAAAUCUGAUGGUACUAGUAUAAAUAGGGUAGCCCAGUUUUAGUGCCCAUGGGCCUUUAUAGAUGCCAAUUCAAGCUACUAAUGGAAUUAGGCUUAUUCAGUUGAGGUUUAAUGUGCUUGAGAAAAAAUGAUGAAAACAGUUAAACAAGAAUCUAGAUAUACCUAGGUAUACUCAAUAAUAAUUAUUAGAAACAAUGAGUUUAAAAAUUCAAAGAACCAAUACAGGCAAUUUAAUAAACAGGGUUUUGGCUCAAUCACUUUGUAGCAUAAUUCCCAAUAGAAAAAUUCUCAACUGCCUCAGAAUUCAGCUAGGGAUUAUUGAUGUGCCAGAUUAAUUUUUACCUAAAAGCUAUCAUGUCCUUUGAACUUGAAUGUGAAAUUUACAUGAGGGCAUAUUCUGUACUUCUGCAGUCACUAAACAGAAAAUGUUCAAGUUUGCUAAACACCCCCUUAUUAUUCCACAAGUGAAUGAGACAUAUCUAGGUGCUGCUUCCAAAUAUUGUUUUCCAUUAGAUAUCUUGGUUAAAAACCUGAAUGCAUUGUCUUGCAAUACAUAAAUUCCUUGGUGGUUUGUUCUAAGAUUGUCAAUUUGUUUUUUGUACACUGCAGACCAGAAGUCAGUACAGAUGAAUUUCAUUGUAUCAAGUUCAUCUUUGAACCGAGGCAUUUCUUUG